UAUAUAACAACCCUAACCCCUCUCAUUUCCCACACCCUUUUCCAUCUCCAAUGGCUCCAACCUCCAUCGUCUUCUUCCUUCUCCUCCUCUCUCCGGCCGCCUACGCCGCCACACGAUACGACGUCGGCGGAACCGGCGGCUGGAACACCGGCGUCAACUACGACGAUUGGGCCGGAAACCAAAAAUUCGUCGUCGGGGACAGCCUCGUGUUCAAUUACGACGCGACCCACUCCGUCGAAGAGGUCACGGAAAACGACUACAAAAAUUGCAACAAGGGAUCGCCGAUAUCGACACAAUCCAAUAGCCCGACGACCAUCGCCCUUACGGCCGUCGGCACCCGUUAUUUCAUUUGCGCGCGAUCGAACCAUUGCGAACAAGGCAUGAAACUCGAGGUCGAUGUCGAGGCGGCGGCGGCCGGCGGGGGAGGCCCCCCGUCGUCUACUCCAGCGACGCCAGGCGGUGCUCCGCCGUCGACUAAUACUCCGGCGGCGGCGGUGACUCCGCCGCCGGCCGGUUAUAAUGGAGCUGCCAGCUCUAGUAGGGGUGGGGUGGUGGUUGGAUUGGCAAUUGGUUUGGUUGUUGUUUUGGGAUUGAGGGGGUAGGGAAGAGGCAAUGCUGUUUUAUAUUUUAAUUUCUUGUUAAUUAUGUUUUUUUUUUUCUUUUUCUUUUUAAUUAGUUGGGGUAAAUUGCGUGAAUAAUAUUUGUAUUUUAUUAUAAAUUUAUGUGUUUUAUAAUUCAUUUUUGCAUUAAUAAAAUAUUACGGAUUUGUUUAUUUA